CCACAUCCUCAGUUGCUCGCCGUGCUAGCAGCGUUACCUUACUGAUAGCCCACCUUUGCGCUGCAAACACAUUGCACCCCAGAGACAUCCAUAUCGAAUCCCUUGUCUGCCCCAUCAGCUCUCGUCGCGACAGUACACGGCAUCGUCACCCCGCGCACCCCGCACCCACGUAUCCGUCUGCCAUCACGGCCGCAAUGGCGGACCACGCGGACCCCAACGGCGGCGGCAAGAAGGACGCACCGCUGCGCUCAAUUGCCAAUGCAGCCUCGCCGAGGUCGCCGCCCGCACCCCUCCAGAUGGCUUCAAGCCCGCAUUCGGGCCACCGCUCCAGUUUCGCAGAGAACAUGCGCGGACUGCCCAACUCGCCGCGCGCUUCCCGCCAGCCGUCCCUUUCGCAGCAGGCAUUGCAGGAUCUGUUGAACAACCCACCCACCAAGGGCGGCGACCCCAAGUUUGCAGGGAGGGAUUGGAAGUCGGUGCACGUCGGCGAGGUCGUGGACGAGAAGCAGGUGCGAUUCGCACAACUUGACACCAGCGUUGAGGAGGCAACAAAUCUACUCAUAGAAUACGGUGCGCCCAACGUCAUCCUGCUCCGCGAAGAUAAAUCUUCGUCCACGGCCGUCGGAACGUUCGAUUACAGCGACCUGAAUAGCUACCUCCUACUCGUCGUCGGCUUAGCACACCCAGAUGAAGGCGAUGUCAAGUCGUUCGACGAGCUUGCCAAGAAGGGCCGCGAAGGCAAGCCUAUACCGCUCAAAGACGUGAAGGAUCUGGGCAAGAAAGAACCGCUCAUCACACUGCCUGCGUCAGCCGACCUUGCUAAGGCCAUGGAGGUUUUCGGCAGCGGUGUGCACCGCCUUCUAGUUGUGAAAGAGGGCACUACCGACGUGAUUGGGAUUCUGACCCAGUUGCGUCUCCUGCAAUUCUUUUGGGACAACAGGCAGAGCUUUCCCGCUGUGAACCAGCUCUAUCCUUUGCUCAUAAAAGAACUCAACCUCGGGACGCAGUCUGUCAUUGCAAUCAACGGUGACAAACCCCUGACUGAUGCGCUCGAGUUGAUGAACAACGAGGGCGUCACCUCUCUGCCGGUCCUAGACGCUCAAAAUAACGUCAUUGGCAACAUCUCACAUGUGGACGUGCGACUCCUUACCAAAACCACAUCCCUGCCGCUCCUCCGCUCCUCUUGCAUCCACUUCAUCGGCGUCAUUCUCAGCGAGCGCGGUGUCAACGACGGAAAAGACUCUUUCCCAGUAUUUCACAUUACCCCCUAUUCGACCCUCGCGCACACCGUCGCCAAACUUGUCGCUACCCGUUCCCACCGCAUGUGGAUCGUGGAUGCUCCAUCUCCUGCAUCAUCUGGCCCACCGACUCCAUCAGUAAAUCCCUCCGUAAUGCCCCUUCCCUCGCCCAUUACACCUCUCCCGUCCGCCGCGCCAGCACCCGUCUCCGCGCCAUCUCCGCUUCUGUCCGGCGCCGCCGCGCCCGCCAUCUCUGCGUCCGGUAUUCCAGGUGCUAGCCUCUCAGGCCGCCUCAAUGGCGUGGUCAGCCUCACAGAUAUCCUCAAUCUUUUUGCUCGUGCGAGUGGCUUGCACCCACACGACCCAGACGAAGCGCGGAGAGCUAGACGGCGCAGCAGUAGCUCUAGCAUGCGCAGGAGCAUUGAUAGCUCGAGGAGCGAGAGUAUGAGUCGAUCUUUCGGACGCAGGAGCAGUGUGAGCGAUAGAGAAGCAGCUCACAGAGGCCUAGGGAUCGUCCGAGGGAGGGCGAGCGGUGCUGGCACGGGAUAGGAACCUGGCAGUGCCAGCUCGGACGAGAUGAUCUUCAGAUUGAGCAUGGAGGAGCGCAGCGAAGAGCGAAAGCCGAAGCAGUGGAAGGGAAAGGAGCUGGCGCGAGACGAAUCGGGCUGAAUGUUCGCGCAUAUGAAGAGUGACAAGGGAAAUGAAGGGUCAUGCUGUUCGGGAUCGGUCAGCCCAAAUUAUAGAGUUCUCGAGUCUUGGUCCUCGAGCUAUGAUAUCGUUCACAAGUGGUCUUUUUCUGGCGUUAAUCAUAGGAUAGCGAUUUUGCAUGGCGCUUGGGGGUAAAGUCUCAGAAUUGAAGCAUUGCAAAUC